GUCGCAGGUCUUUUAGCUCACCAAAUCAAACGGCCAUACGUUGCCAUCAAGCAACCACACCACGAGGCCACCUAUAUCAACGCCUCAAGAACCCCCUCCAAAACCACACACUCCUCGUUCCUCAAGGCGCGCGCACACACACACUCACACGCACGCCAGGACACCACCACCGGCCACCACCUUUAUUUGCAUACCCAGAUCGUACGCACGCCAUGGGUGGCGCAAUGGACGCGCUCAUUUCGAGCGGCGCGCACAACGCCACCACGGCCCCGUUCCUCGGCGCCGGCGGCCUUGUUGCCAGCCUGCUCCCGCAGGUGCAGACGGUGGAGGUCCUCGUGGCCGUUUUCAUCUUCGUGGCCAUCCACUCGCUCCGGCAGCGGCGCUCGCUGGGCCUCCCGUUGUGGCCGGUGGUCGGCAUGCUCCCGUCCCUCCUCCUCGGCGUCCGGGGCAACAUGUAUGAGUGGAUCACGGGCGUCCUCAAGACGCGCGGCGGCACGUUCACGUUCCGCGGGCCGUGGUUCACUAACCUGCACUGCGUGGUCACCGCCGACCCACGGAACCUGGAGCACCUGCUCAAGACCAAGUUCGGCAACUUCCCCAAGGGCCCCUACUUCCGCGACACCGUGCGCGACCUCCUCGGCGACGGCAUCUUCGGGGCCGACGACGAGGUGUGGCGGCAGCAGCGCAAGGCGGCCAGCCUAGAGUUCCACUCCGCCGAGUUCCGCGCGCUCACGGCGAGCUCGCUGGUGGAGCUCGUGCAUCGGCGGCUCCUCCCCGUGCUGGCCGAGACCGAGGCGGACGGCGCGGCCGUCGACCUGCAGGACGUUCUCCUCCGCCUCACGUUCGACAACGUGUGCAUGAUCGCCUUCGGCGCCGACCCCGGGUGCCUCCAGAAGGGCCUCCCGGAGAUCCCGUUCGCCCGCGCGUUCGAGGACGCCACCGAGGCCACCAUAGUGCGCUUCGUCACGCCGACCGCCGUGUGGCGCGGGAUGCGCGCCCUGGGCGUGGGCCACGAGCGCGUGCUCCGGCGGUCGCUGGCCGGCGUCGACGAGUUCGCGUACGACGUGAUCAGGAAGCGCAGGGAGGAGCUGGCCGCCGCCGCCGCGGCCGGCCGCGAGGAUGGGCUCCGUCGGGCCGACCUGCUGACCAUCUUCACCAAGAUGCGCGGCGCCGAUGGCGCCCCCGCCUACUCGGACAAGUUCCUCCGCGACAUCUGCGUCAACUUCAUCCUGGCCGGGCGCGACACGUCGUCGGUGGCGCUGGCGUGGUUCUUCUGGCUGCUCAGCAAGAACCGCGGCGUGGAGGCCAAGAUCCUGGAGGAGGUCGAGGGCAUCGUGGCGGCGCGGGAUCGCUGCGGGGAGGUGGAGGAGGAGCUGGUGUUCCAGCCGGAGGAGGUGAAGCGGAUGGAGUACCUCCACGCCGCGCUCUCGGAGGCGCUCCGGCUCUACCCCUCCGUCCCCGUCGACCACAAGGAGGUUGUGGAGGACGAGGUGUUCCCCGACGGCACGGUGCUGAAGAAGGGCACCAAGGUGAUCUACGCCAUGUACUCCAUGGGGAGGAUGGAGAGCAUCUGGGGGGAGGACUGCAGGGAGUACAGGCCGGAGCGGUGGCUCAAGGACGGCCGCUUCAUGGGCGAGUCCGCCUACAAGUUCACCGCCUUCAACGGCGGCCCGCGCCUCUGCCUCGGCAAGGACUUCGCCUACUACCAGAUGAAGUUCGCCGCCGCCUCCAUCCUCAGCCGCUACCGCGUCGACGUCGUCCAGGGCCACCCGGUGGCGCCCAAGCUGGCGCUCACGCUCUUCAUGAAGCACGGCCUCAAGGUGACCCUGGCCAAGAGGGACAAGGCCAAUCUCUGAACCACACAUCAGCCUCGUCUGGUGGUGUGCUCUCCAGUGAUACUUUGCAGGAGAAAGCUGAUGCUGUGUGAAAAGAAAAACAAAAAGCUUUCCUCCCUACUUUCUUUUUUCGCUUUCUGCUUGUUACACUUUGAUGAUGUUGUUACUAUGUCCUUGAUUUGUUUCAUUUUGCGAUGAUAGCAUCUAUGUAGUUUAGCCAACAAAUGUAGAACCUCUGUAUAUGUGUACUUUGUAAUGGUGAAGCGCAGCAUGACUAUA